AAACCCUAGGCUCCCGAAUGGAGGACUCGAACAGCGGCGAGAUCGACCCGCCGCCGGCGCCGCCGGCGGUCCACCGGCGCCCGCCGCGGCCGCGCAGAGGCGACGUCACCCCCGAGGGCUUCGUGGCCGCGCUUCGCCGCCGGCUCAGCUCCGGCGCCGCGGUGGCCGCGCGCGCCAGCUUCGCGGCGGACUCCGGGGACGAGUCCGGCCCCGCCGAGCCUUCCUCGUCGCACCGCCGCGCCGGCUCAGGCGGGGACGCCUCGUCCGCCGGCGCCGGCGGCGGAGGAGGAGGCGGAAGCGGAAGUGGCGCGGACUUCACCGCGUUCAGCUUCCGCGCGGCUUCGCCUGUCCACCGGAAGGCCAAGGAGAGCCCCCUCAGCUCCGACGCCAUCUUCAAGCAGAGUCACGCAGGCCUUUUCAACCUGUGUAUUGUUGUUCUGGUCUCAGUGAACGGAAGGCUAAUUAUCGAGAACUUAAUGAAGUAUGGUUUAUUAAUACGAACUGGAUUUUGGUUCAACUCUAAAUCAUUCCGAGAUUGGCCACUCCUAAUGUGCUGCCUUACUCUGCCGGCCUUCCCCCUGGGUGCAUUUGCAGUUGAGAAGUUGGCCUUCCGUAACGAUAUUACUGAUGCUGUUGCUACCUUAGUCCAUGUCAUUCUUAUAACUGCUGAAAUUGUAUAUCCAGUCCUUGUCAUUCUUAUGUGUGAUUCAGCGGUUGUAUCUGGAUUUUUGUUGAUGUUCAUUGCCUGCAUUGUUUGUCUGAAGCUUGUAUCUUUUGCACAUACAAACCAUGACAUAAGGCGAUUAACCAUAAGCGAUAAGAAGGAUGAUAAUGCAUUCAGCACAGCUGACAUGGAUAAUUUACAAGCUCCAACUUUGGGGAGUCUAAUAUACUUCAUGAUGGCUCCAACAUUAUGCUACCAGCCAAGCUAUCCCCGAACUUCAUAUGUUAGAAAAGGGUGGCUGAUUCGUCAAAUUAUUCUGUACUUGAUAUUUACUGGUGUUCAAGGCUUCAUCAUUGAGCAAUACAUAAAUCCAAUCGUUGUGAACUCUCAACAUCCAUUGAAGGGAGGACUCCUAAAUGCCAUAGAGACCGUUCUGAGGCUCUCAUUACCAAAUGUUUACUUGUGGCUUUGCAUGUUCUACUGCUUUUUCCAUCUCUGGUUAAAUAUACUUGCUGAGAUUCUUCGUUUUGGUGACCGUGAAUUCUACAAAGAUUGGUGGAAUGCAAAAACAAUUGAUGAGUAUUGGAGAAAAUGGAACAUGCCUGUGCAUAAAUGGGUUGUUCGCCAUAUAUAUUUUCCUUGCAUGCGCAGUGGUAUAUCAAAGGAAGUUGCUGUCUUUGUAUCAUUUUUUGUAUCUGCCGUGCUCCAUGAGUUAUGUGUUGCUGUCCCCUGCCGAAUUGUCAAGUUCUGGGCAUUCUUAGGGAUCAUGCUGCAGAUCCCCCUUAUCAUAUUGACAUCAUACCUGAAAAGCAAAUUCAGAGAUACAAUGGCCGGCAACAUGAUAUUCUGGUUCUUUUUCUGCAUCUAUGGACAGCCUAUGUGCGUUCUCCUGUACUACCAUGAUGUGAUGAAUAGGAUUGGGAAGACGGGAUAGAAGAACACAUAUCGCUCUUCCUGUUUAUAGCAAAAGGAUCUUACGACAUGGAGCUGCAUAAUUUCCAACACUGUGGCAUACAUCCUUCCAGUCUUUCUUGGAAAAUACAGUGCAUAAUUUUACCAUGUUUUGUGGCGGGUGGUUGCAGGCUUGUGACUGUACAUAAGCUUCAGUCUAUGAUAUAGAAUCCUGCCUAAUUGCUGGCGGUGAUAAUUUUUUGUAGAAUCCCGGCUAAUUGUGCGUUACAUAUGCAUACGGCCUUAAUUAUUUUACCAUGUAUCACAAAUUGUUAGGAAGCGUCCCCGUGCCCGUAGGGUAAUUUGUUAAUAAAAAAUAAUUACAUUUGUUUCUCUUGAAUAGAAGAGGCAACUGAUGAUGUAGUAUAUUUUUUGUUU